AUGCUCCUCUCCAACAUCACGCACUCUCUGACUGCAGGAGUGCCUCUGUCGGUGACCUUCGACCAUCCUGUGGACUAUCUCAUCUUCAUUUUCCAGGUUCUAUUCGCCUCCACCGCCGUCCUGCUCGCCGGACCCGUGGUCGUCUCCAUCCUGGCCACCAGAGCGCUUUACCUCCAGAACAGGUUCAUCUUCAUGCUCAACACCAGCGUCUGUGACACGCUGGUGGGCUUCUCAGUCUUCUAUGUGGGUCUGUUUGAUGUCCAGGAGGGCUAUCCUUCCAGAAACGGGACUUACAACGUGCUGCCCUCUCUCCUCGGGGUCAACAUCAUGACGUUCCUGUUUGCGCAGUUUGACCGCUACUUUGCGGUUUGUCAUCCGUUCGUCUACUCGCGCUUUGUGAAACGUUGGGUGGUUAUUUGUGCAAAUGUCUACUGUUGGUGUCACGUCUACGGCCAGCUGGUCAUCUCGAGGUUCCUGCCCCUUUCCAAAGCGAUCCAGGUGUAUGUUUUUACUAUAGUCUGCCUGCAAGUCAUCGUGCUCACCAAAGUGGUCAUGACCAUCAAACUGUACGUUGUGGCCCGAUACCAGCUGGAGAGAGACCCGCCCAGCACCGACCGGGAGAGCAAGAAGGAGUCUCUGAGAAUCAUCAUCUUUGUGGUCAUCACCUUCCUGCUGCUGUGGUUUCCUUCUUUCAUUAACAUCAUCCUCAGACUGGCGCUGGGCGCGGGGCUGACGUUCAGGAACGAAGCCAGCAACCUGUUCGCCAUCAUGGCGCGUUUUAACGCAGUGUCCACCCCGGCGGUGUACCUGUGGGGCAGUCCGGCCCUGAGGAGAGCCAUGGUGAAGACAGUGUGGGGCAGAGUGUGUCCGCGGUGCAGGAGGAGGUGA